CGUCAAGUUGAAUUUCGACCUUGGGGACGGUACUAAUGUGUAUGACAUUGUUAUGCAGUCUACUUCCCAAAUGUGUGGUUCGUUGAUCAGAAAAAAAUAUUUCUGGUGACCUAUAUUUUAGUCACUCAUUAUUUUUUUAAUAAAUUUACCUGAAAAUCAGAUGAAACUCAAAUAUUUAUUAGUUUAGUACUAACAGUAGUUUAUACGUAUAAACUAUUUAGGAGUAUAGUACUAUACUGCUAAACAUCGUAAUUAGUAUAUAUCCCAAUUAUAAUUUUGACACCCUUUGUGGUUUCGGAGCAGCUACCAAUUUUCAACGCAUCAGGGAAGAAGCAUUUGGCUAUGCAUUUUAACGAGGCAUAAGGACUUUAUUGUUUUGGAGCCUUGGCUAUGUUUUCUGAUAGGCAUUUGAAAGCGUAAUUAGUACAGAGUUGUUUACACCCUUAUAUUUUGUGCGCUGUGAAUCAAGUACAUAAUUUGGGCUACUUUCAAUCGUUGAUUUAGCUAGGCAAUGAGAGAAGUGGACUAAAUGUUGGCAUUUGAGUCGGCUCAGAUACUCAUUUAUUAAAAUAUGGUCCAAAAUUAUUGUUUCUCGACUUUUAGAGCCCUAUAAGACGUUAAAAGUAGUAUAUCGCAAACCUUUUUCUGGUACAGUUGGUUGGUUUGUAAUAGAAGUGAGACUAUAAUUUAUGGAUGAACCAAUCAGAUAUAAAAUAACGAGUCUUGGAUUUUGGUGCGAAAUUCAUUCAUCCAUUCGGCUAAAUAGAGUUUUGGCAUUAUGGCUGAUGUCCGUUUGUGAUGAAAACCCUAAAUUUAUUUCUUAACCCUAGCUAUCAACUGCAAAUCAUAAUCCUAAUUCCUGACACUGUUUUAUAAUCCUUAUUUAGUCCUAGUUAGUAGAUAGACACUUUCAAGGUCACUUUAGCGUCGCUCAAUAGUCUUCCAUAAAUUAUAGUCUCACCAUAAUGGGACCUCGAAAAAUUGUCUAUAACGAGGGACUAACUAUUGGGGUGUAGGUCAACUGGUAGUUAUCUAGUCACUGUCAAACCUCUUACUUAAUAAGACAUCAACUUUCUAGCUGUAAUAAAAUUCACUAGACCUGGAAAGCAUCGGAUGCGUUUGUCCACUUUGUAAGGGUGAAUGGAAGAAUUAUGUUCGCUAAAAGUCAGAAAAUGUUUCCUACUGAUUCAGUCCAUCAAAUAUAUCUUUACCUCGUUUCAGCAUUCAAAUGUAUACAUUACUUUAACUUUCCCCUAGACCUUUGUUGGGAAAAAAAUUCGAUUUGGUCGACAGGGAGAGUAUUUUGGUUGUAUCUUCUCUCAAGAAAAGUCUUGAAAAUACAUAAGAUUUCAAGUUUUCUGUUUUGGCUCAUAAAUGCUUAGUGAGAAGCAAAUUUUAGGCAUUAUAGAUAAUUGAUUUCUGCCGUAAAUACCCGUUUUGUUUUCAACUAAAUUUUUCGUACACCUGAUAAAGGUAGCUGAUCGUUUACCUAAAGAGUUUAGAGCACAUAAAUAGUACGCUCCUGUUUGAAAUUUUUUGAACAUUUGACGGUUGACGUAUCAUAACAAGUCUUGGCGUGAUGCGAAUCCUACCCUUGGUGAUUGCACGUUAGAUAAAGUUAAUUUUGCUCAGGUAGUUUUUGUAAGACCCAGUUUGUUAACGAUCAAAUCAGUCAGACCGGGCGCACAUAUGCAUCUGUUUAAGUGUCGCACUAAUGUAGCUAGAUAGAACCAACAAACUGAAUAGUAAAAAAGUUUAAGUAAUAGAAUUAAUAAAGAUAAUAAAAAAGUCCUAAUGUGAAAAACAUGGUUCGGAAAAGGGAUAAAGUAGUUAAGUAUAAAGGUAAAAAGUAAUGCCAAAACUUAUGAUUUGGAGAGCGGUGAAGAAUAAACCAAUUCACGCCACUAAAAAUUAUUUUGAGCCAUGUUACUUUGGGUCUUGAACAUUAUGUGGUUAAAUAAAUUUCUGCAUAGGUUUAAUAAUGUGUUUUGUGCUUAUCGAUUUGCAAUGCAUAGCACCUGCUAUAGAUGAAGCAUAUUAUUUAAGGAGUUACUAUUUAGCUUAGAAGUAAAGAAGAUAAACAGAUGUAAAAAACCACCAUGGAAAACCUGUAGGCACUGGACGGCCUUUUCAUUCUAGUAUGGGACUCCUCAGCAGUGCGCAUCCAGAAUCGAUAACCUGUCAAAGGUCUCAUCAAAGCGUUACUGGCUAAAGGGGAAACCAGCAAGCGAGUUUUAUUGAGUAUGGCAUGGAAUUUUUUGUAAGCAAGAACACUUAUCUCAUUACAGACGAUUUCAUAAAAGUCAUCAAAAGUAUUACUUCUUAUCCGGACACUUUAUGUUAUGCCGAAUAAAACUACUUGUGGUUUAGUUAAUAAACAAGCAUGUCGUUAACAAGUUUCGUCAAGUUUAGAAAUCAAGACUAUUCUACUUUAAAGAAGGAGCAAUUAACCAGAGGAGUUAAGUUUGUCGACGAUGAAUUCCCACCAGAAUCAAUGAAUUUGCAAUGUCUUAAUAUACCUGCUGGUCCUUUAAGUUACUUGCGACCUUCUGAAAUUGUCUCUGAUCCAUGUUUCAGUCGAAAUGAAUCAUAUUUUAGUUUAAAAAGAGGCUUUGUAAAAAAUUUCAAUGUUCUCCUCGCAUUCACCGGUCUGAAAUAUAAGGCGAAGUACUGGGCAAAAGUACUUGUUGAUAUAAAAUCUCAAGAAUGGGAUGUACAACAUAUCAAUGAACAUCCAGGUAUCUUUCGCUUUCGAUUUUGGCAAGAAGGCAUGUAUUUUGAAGUAACAAUUGAUGAUCUAUUACCAUGUUAUGAAGGAAAGUGUAUAUCUUUAUCAUCUUCUAGUACCAAAGAGUUUUGGCCAGCCUUAUUAGAAAAAGCCUAUGCUAAAUUAUUAGGUGGCUAUGAUAAAUUGGAGUAUGUUCGACUAGAAGAAGCCAUGAUGGAUUUGACUGGCGGUGUGACUGAAUCAAUUAGUUUACAAAAUUUAUAUUCUGCACCAGCUAUGAAACAAGUUUUAUUCUUUGAACAAAUGGAGAAAGAUUUAAUUGAUGAGUGUAUUGUAAUAUUUUGUACAAAAGAAGACAGUGAACAACAGGAUGGUGAUUCUGAAACAUCGCCUCAUAUCUUCGGAGCUCCUAAUCUUCAUGAUCAUAUGCUUAAUAAAGAAUCUGGACUUUAUCUAAAUUAUGGCUAUUUAUUAACAAGAGUUUGUGGAGUUCCGAAAGAUCUUAGCGUUUUUGGUGCAUUUAAAGAUAUGUUUAGACGUGCCGGUGAUUGUCCUAUACAAGCUCGUUUAAUGCGUUUACGUUGUCCUUUGAGUGUAAUCGAUAGUGGUUCUGGUCAAGGUGAAUGGAAAGGAGCUUACAGUUCAUCAUCUAGUGAAUGGGAAGAAAUAAAUUUAGAGGCACGAAAACGACUAGGUUUAACUUUUGAUUCAGAAACUGAAUUUUGGAUACCACUUGAAUAUAUACUACAACAUAUGUCUGGUGUGUUAAUAUGUCGUUUUCCCGAUACUAGUUUUGUUAGUUUACCUGGACAUAUAACAUGGCGUUUAUGUGAACAUCAUGGUGCUUGGUGUGGUCAUCAAACUGGUGGCAAUUUACAAUAUCGUAAUACAUUUCUACAUAAUCCUCAAUAUUAUUUCGAUAUAAUGAAUGAUUCUGAUGAAGUUCUACUAUCUCUUGUACGUAAAUAUAAUCGUGAUCCACUAACUAUGGUCAUAGAACCUGAUUUAAGUCCAUUGUCUAUUGGUUUAGGUCUAUUCAAGAUUGAAAAUAAUCGUCCUGUAAAAUCGCAUACUUUAGCAUUCUGUCAAGUAAUUCACGUGGAACCAUCUAGACCAUAUCGAGUUUGUCUUAUUCGUGCACGUUUAACUGUUGGUCGAUAUUUAGUAGUUCCAUUCUUGGAACAACCAUUAUCUACAGCUGCUUAUUUAUUAAGAUUAUAUUUACCAAAACGUUCAGAAAGCAGGGAAUUUACUUUAGAUAUUCCACAGAAUGGUUUUUUAAAUUUUUUCACUGGUAAACCAAAAGGAGCUGUACGUUUACAUGUUCAUAGUGCAUCGAAUCUUCUAUGGCCUGAUGGUAAAAAUCCUCCAUCACCAUAUUGUAUUAUUAAAUGUGAAUAUGAUACUGUACAAACUACCAUUUCACAAAGUAAUAAUAAUCCUGUCUGGAAUGAAUAUUUUAUAUUUUAUCGUCGUAAAUUAAAUAAACCAAUUGAAAUACAAAUAAUGGAUAAACAUGCAUUAGGAUUUGAUGUAUUUCUUGGACGGCAUAGUUUUACAGAAGCGGAAAUUUCCAAUCGUUGUCAACAAGAAGUAGCACUCUAUGGAAGAGAUACAAAAGCUGAACGAUUUCAAAAAAUGAAAGGUUCAUUAUUCAUUGAAUUUUACAGUGUUGGUCAAGAAGACUUUAUGAAUAUUUAAUAUGAGAAAAGAAGAUCAAUAUUGUUUUUUGACAAUGUCUAUGCUGUAAUCCCAUGAUCAUCGCCCUGUUUGAGAGGAUGGAGAAUACAAGUACAACUUAUUUUGAUCAGUUAAUUACCACUGUUUGUUUUAUACUUGUGAUAUAAUGCAUUAUCUGUGAUAAAUCUCCUUCUUUAUCUGUCUCCCUCUGUCUUAUUCUUUUGUGAUAUACAUAUAUAUUUCUGUUUGUAUAAUCCCUUUUCUCCUAUAUAAUUUGAAAUACUGGUUUGACUUAUUUAAAACUAUUUAGUAAUAAUGCUUCAGGUGAUAUGGUUUUGAGAUUAUGUAAUUAAUAAUGGUGUCAGUAUUUU